UCGGUUCGCCUCAGUCUUAGUCCAUUCCGUUACUUUCCCUACCCACGCGGACCAGAACCACCUCUAAACCCCGCCGCCGCCGCCGACAUGGCCGUCCACCACCUCCUCCGCCGCGGUGUCUCCUGCGGAUCCCCUCUCCGCGGCCUCCUCCUCGCCUCCCAGGAGCCCGGGCGGCUUCCGUUGAGCUCGGCGGCAGGGGACGCGGCGGCCGAGAUGAGGGGUGCACGGGAGGACGUCAAGCAGUUGCUCAAGGCCACCUCCUGCCAUCCCAUCCUGGUUCGGUUGGGGUGGCAUGAUGCUGGUACCUAUGACAAGAACAUUACUGAGUGGCCGCAGUGCGGUGGAGCUAAUGGUAGCUUGAGAUUUGAAAUUGAGCUAAAGCAUGCGGCUAAUGCUGGUCUUGUGAAUGCUUUGAAGCUGAUCCAGCCCAUCAAGGACAAGUAUUCAGGUGUCACAUAUGCAGAUCUGUUUCAGCUUGCCAGUGCUACAGCUAUUGAGGAAGCAGGUGGCCCAAAAAUACCCAUGGUCUAUGGAAGGGUUGAUGUUGCUGCCCCUGAACAAUGCCCACCAGAGGGGAGGCUUCCUGCUGCUGGCCCACCUUCACCUGCGGAACAUUUGCGUGAAGUAUUCUACAGAAUGGGCCUGAAUGACAAGGAAAUUGUCGCACUUUCAGGAGCUCAUACACUUGGACGGGCAAGACCAGAGCGUAGUGGCUGGGGCAAACCAGAAACAAAAUACACUAAAAACGGGCCUGGUGCGCCUGGGGGGCAGCCUUGGACAUCUCAGUGGCUCAAGUUUGACAACAGCUAUUUCAAGGAUGUCAAAGAAAGACAGGAUGAGGACCUUCUAGUUCUGCCUACUGAUGCUGUGCUCUUUGAGGAUUCAUCAUUUAAGAUCUACGCUGAAAAAUAUGCCAAGGAUCAGGAUACAUUUUUCGAAGACUAUGCUGAAGCUCAUGCGAAAUUAAGCAAUCUCGGUGCAAAGUUUGACCCACCAAAGGGUAUCUCACUUGACUAGCUUGCAUCAGCUGCUGAUGAAAUGCAUUUCGAUGAGUGAACAAGACAAGGUCCCUGUUCCUUUGUGCUAUUAUAAGGUUUUGCUCAUAGCUCAUAGAACUUGUUCAGGUUCUAUGACUGCUCCACAGAUUGGAGUCACAGAUCAAAGAUUGUGCUGCGCAUGCUCUAUGUUGAGUUGUGAGCUCCAAUCAGAAAUAACAGCAGCUCUGGGCAAUUUCAGGACGUAACAUUUGUUACACGAACUAUCUUUGGAUGAUGUAUUGUACUGCAUUGAACUUACAAAAGUAUCAUGCUCACAGGAUUGAUACAACU